UUGGACACUCGCGAUACGAACAGUGCAAAAGAUUGCUUGGAGGAUCCACAAGCAGGACUGAUUCUGGAGGCGAUGUGAACAUUUUGCGACUCCUCUCGUCUUGCGGGGGGGGGAGAUUUGAAUAACAUGUGCCGUUUUUGUUCUCUGCUGUGGCUUCUGUGCGCUACGCCGGUAUGCAGUAUUUUCCAGGGGACUUGUCUGAAAAAAGAGCCUCCUCCCGGAGUGUUGGUGGUGUCCCCGGGAAGUCGUUUGGUUCUGACCUGUGAUGGCGACGUGAGGGUGGAUGGGUCUAAAGUCAAAGUGGCUAAACACACUUCCGGUGACAAAGAAACUUCUCGUGAGAUACACAACAGCGAUGGAGACUUAGCAAAAACUGAUAUGAAUGCAUCAAAGGAUAAAAGUCAAGAAGAAGGACUUCAGAGGACCCGAUCAUUUGUCACGCAUCAAGUGGUCCGGCCGAGCAGUACGCCUCUAAAGGACGAAAACACGGAUGACAACAAGGGGACGAGGGGGGUCAAAGGAAAGUCCAGGUGGAAAUGGAACGGGAAGACAGUGAGGAGAGGACAUCGGGACUGGGAGGGCUUCACGUUGGGAAAGAGCGGGACGCAGCUUUCUGUGAACUCGGUGGGACUGAAAAAUUCUGGAAAUUACACUUGUUUGUACAUAAGUCAAGUCAUCUUCUCCUUGAAGGUGAUUGUGGCAGAACCUCCAGAAGUUCCCAGCCUGAACUGCACCAAAAAGUCACCCAGCAGUAAGAUCCGCUGUGAUUGGACGCCUCAGAAGCCGUUGACAUUACGUCCAAACUGCUAUAUCUUAAUCAAUAAAUGGCCCAGUGACAGUUUCCAUCGUGCUCGAUGUUCCUUCUCCUCCCAGUGGUCCCGCUGCUGGUGUGUUCUGGAGUACAACGAAGAUGAACUCAGGACACUUCACAUGGCCUAUUUGUGCGUCACAAACAUGGCAGGAAACGCUACCAGUGCCAUCUUGUCUUUUUAUCCCUUGGACAUUUUGAAGCCUGACCCUCCGUCGGCGGUGUCGGUCCGACAGGAAGUGGGAUACGAGAACAGGAUGACGGUGAACUGGAAUUUCCCUGCUUCCUGGAAAUCGCACGAUAAUUAUUUUGAACUCGUGUAUCAACUCAAAUACCAACCCGUCGACUCGUCAAGCUCAAAUUUGCAGCUGAAGUCGAUCAAAGGCCGCCGCUCGUUCACUAUCACCGACGUGAUCUCGGGCGUGAAGUACAUGAUCCAGAUCAGAACGAAGGAUGAAUUUGAUGGUCUCUGGAGUAAAUGGACUGCACCCGUUUAUGGCAGCAGCUGGAUUGACUUAAGGACACAUGAGUCGAUUGACUUGCUGAGUGAUGAUCUGCUGAAUCUAACGUUUCCUGAGGAUGAAGGUUCGGGCACAGAGGAACCAUCUGAAGCAAUUCCCGAAUUGAGCGUCAGUCCCAUAACGAUGUCACAUCAUAUCAUUUGGAUCUCCUGCUUGUUUGCUAUCCUCGCCAUUAUUUUGGCUGCUUAUAUGUUCAGACACAAAGAAAAAUUCCUUGCCAAGGUGCACAGUCUGAGUUUCAGGAGCAAAUACAAAGGACCAGCCCAACCCAAACCUGCUGUCCCGGUCGCACCGGAAGGUCAAGCCCUGGUGACCUUUGACACCCCGCGUCCCGAGGAAGAACUCCCCGUUAGUGAGGAGGAAGAGGUUCCAGGCGAAAUUGAUGCGGAGACAGAGAAAAGAGAAGCAAUUCACUUUAACAAUACAAGCUAUUUUUUCACGCAGAGCGAGUGAGACGAUAAAAUGAACUCGGAAUGUUUAUAACAACACCAGCAAAAGCUUUUAGAUAUAAAUAUAAAAGGUGUGACAAUAAACUGUGACAGUCACAUCCGUGACUCUGUAUCCGUUGGCCAAUUGCUUAUGUCACAAUAUUGGGCAACAACUGCCCAUUAUUCUACUGGAAUAUUUUUUCAUUCCUUUUACUCUCUGCUUGUAUUUCAGGCUUUUUAUGUAGCACAUAAAAGAAGCAAAGGGUAAGAAAAAUAAACGAGUCUGUCUUUUUAA